AAAAGAGAAGCCGACCUCUCUAGAGACCGGAGAUUUUUUCGACACCGUUGCUGGAUUUUGUUUCGAUCUGGCUUACGGAGUGCGAUUUCGGCCGUGAAUGAAUACAUGUCAGUCAGUUUUGUCGGUUCAAACGUCCGUAGUAUCUCGUUUUUGACGGCUCGGGUUUUGUGAAAUUGAUAGAAACCUCCUCAAUUGAUUGCAUAUCUCGGGUAUUGACUUGCGCGGCGUCGUCAUUGCAAGGAUGGAAGAGGUUGGUUUGCCGGAACGUUUGUUUCAAACAAGGUAUGAACUGACGGGCCGAAAACGGAUUAACAACUACUUCAACUUACGGUGGAUUGAGGUUGUAAAAGCAGCACUUUCAGAUGCUCAGCAGGAGAUGUUGGCUGAAUCUCAAUUUAGACAACUAAUGCUGAUGGGAGCACACAUUUUCAGUGAUGUUUGCACACCAGCUGUUGUCACAAAAGUUGGUGACCCGAAAGAUAUAUGAGCUCUGGUGGUUGUUUGCGGGGAAGCCAAUACGUUAUGGUAUUGCUGACUUCGCCUUAGUGACAGGUCUCAAUUGUGGGACACCACCUACCCCCAACGUAGGUUGCCAGCGGACGGGAAAAGGGAAAAAAAGGGCAAAGCAAAGGGAAAGCAAGUAGGUGGGGAUGGAGUGAUCUGGCAAGCAUUGUUUGGUAGCGAGGAUACGAUAACCCCAGAGUGGAUUAUAUGCAGGUUGAGCCAAAAAGACAAAUACAAAGAUGAGGAGACGAGAUUGCGUUUGUGUCUUCUCCUCCUAGUAGAAGGUAUUCUCUGCCCAACUAGUGGUUCAACGCAGAUAAGUCCAGAGGUGGUUGAGAUGUUGAGUGAUAUGCGGAUGUUUAUGGAGUACCCUUGGGGAAGGGAGUCAUUUCUGUUGACCGUUGCAAGCAGGAAGAUUAGGGCAGCCGGCCAAUUGGCCCAAGACACACUGGCGAUACAAGGGUUUCGCAUGCUAUGGUUUUAGUAACAGUUUGCAGCUGCCCACAAAUUAUUGCAGACUCACGUUUAGAGGAGGAGCUGCUGGAUGACGCGCUUCCCAUUGAAGACAUUGUUGAUUGUGUGUGUGCGAGGACUGUUAAAAUCAAUGUUGUUACUGUUCAGAACCUUGAGCUUAUUGGUCAGGCUGCAGUUCGCUCGAUACUAUGUGAAGCUUCUGACAUACCUCCAUUCCCUGAUGAGGUUGACGAUAUGCACGUUGCUCACAUGGUCGCUUUGAUUCGCGAGGGCUUCCUUUUUGAAAUCAACACAUGGCGUAGGGGUGUGAAGGCAAGUGAUGCAAAACAAUGGAAGGGUGGUAAUGGCCCCGACCGUUUAGGAGAUUCUGAGGGAGAACAUGGGCAAGCGUCAACUACAGAUGGUCAUGGAUUAGGGGGUGGGCAUGGGUUGCCGUUGGAUGUACCAAACCUAGUGCGGUGUUUGGCAAAUGAACUGCAGGCACGAGCAGGGCCUUUGUUAGGAAUUAUUAAAACCCACAUGACUCAAGAAAUGGUUGCACUCAAGGAGGAAGUUUUAGUACCACUUCGGAUGCCGGCAACAGGCGGAACGGCAGAUCUAGGAAAAGCUAGUGUUUUGUAUUUUAAUUUGUUAAUAUUUGAGGACACAAGUGUUUAAUGCAGUGCUACACGUUGUAUGGUUCUGUGCGCAGAAGCUGCAGGAAUAUCCACUUCUGUGUCGGGAAAUAGUGAGCAUGGAGCUGAAGAAAGUGAUCCCAAUCCUCGAUCGGCAUGGAGGCCCAACUUCCAGGGCGCUUCAACUGGUGGUGAGUGUACAGAGGUACAUGGGGCCACAAUUGCAUCAUCGGCUGCGGGAACUUCCCUGUUUGCGAAAAUCACUGCCUCACCCGGUGGUAAAGAUGGAGCUGGGUCCCCUCCGUCUCGUAACGAAGGCAACAACGGUGUAUCCCAUAUGGAGUCUGAUGAACAGAACACUGCUAGGCCGGCGGAACCAGAAGAGAUUGGCGAAGCUACGUCAGGUGCAGAUUGUGUGCAUCCUGAAAGUCAAAAGUUUUCAUUGAUCGUGCGCCUCCCAGACAAAUGGUUUAUAUUUCAGGCGGCUUCAAAUGAAAAUGUAGAAAAAGGACAUGUUGACUCAAGUGCAAUUUUUUCUCCAUGUGAGGGCUUGGAACCACUAAAUAUGGAUGUUAAGCUGCCGCGCCACAGUUCCUCACCACCAGCUGAAACGUUUGAAGCCGAUCCAAAACCUGUUGGAGAGGCUGCAGUGGGGCCACUAGAGGAGCAAGACAGGACGGUUUCAGAGGUCCCCCUUGAAAGCAUUCAAGUUGUGAGUUCAUCAGAUCAAGGGGAAACGGCAGAAGAAGCAGUUGGUACCGAAGUUGUGGAAAAAAGGGCUAGCAAAAGGUUGAGGACACAAACAGUAUUGUUUUCACCACCACAACCAGUGGCUAAGAAGGGCAAGGGUAGAGGAGGUGGGAAGAAAAAAAAUCUGCAGCAAAGAAAACGUCACCUCCGAACUUCCACCCCCUCCUGCUGUCUGCAACUCUUCUCCAACCUCACCCACAAAACCUACAAUACCAUUUCAGUGUCCUACAAUCGUGGGCCCUUUAGUUGGUGGGUUUAAUCCAUGUGUGCGCCUUAAUGCAUUCCGCCUGGCUGGGUUCAGCACAGUUAUGCAUACGCCAAGGGAUUACAGUCUUGAAGAAAGUGUUAUUGUUGGGAAUGCUAUUUUCAAGUCUUUCUUCGAGUCUUCGCAGGAACAACCUAUUAAGGCGGCGGACAUGAUGGUUACAUUUAUACGCAGGUGGAUCCAUCAAGCGGGCAUACAAUGUUUUGAAUUUCUGCCUGCCAGUUUCGUGGAAGCACUGCGUGGGGAGUACCAGCAAUUCAGUCGUGUGCAAGAUGUUGCAAAGUUCAGUUUCUCCAGUAUUUUCGGUGAUCCAUGCUUCCCUAAUAUGCGCUGGUCCGAGCAGCUGCAAGUUAUGUACUUCCCAUGUCAAGUGGACAGGAGACAUUGGAUAGGUGUUGUCAUAGAUAUAGCACAGUGGCGCAUCUAUGUGCUAGACUGUAACUGUGCCUGUCUGUAAGAUGAGAAGUUGGAAGCACUACUAAAUCCGGUGGUCCUCCUCAUGCCAUUGCUGAUACGCCAUAAUGGAGGUAAAGCAUUGAACGAAUGCGCAAUGGAAGAGCCAAUGCAGAUAACCCGCCUUGACCUACCUAUUUGUUGUGAACCCACCGGAUUAUCGUGUGUUGCAACCCAUAUCCUCUUGGAACUUCAUGCAACAGACAACAUGUCGCAUGUGGCACAUCUGAACGAAGACCGGCUUGCACUCGCAGCGCAGACGUAUGCAGUUGAAGCUUUCGCUUGUUUUAAUCCGCAGCACCUGCAGGAAUUCCCAAGGGAGUGAGAAGUUGUUAUCCACUUUAUAAGCAAUGUCGAACUCUUAUCUGUUUAACCUCCUUAGGACCUAUCUAUUUUCAUGUCACUUCUGUCGCUGUAUUGCCAAAACAUUGCAUCUCCCUACCGUUGUUUCGUUGUAAUACUCUGUUAAGUUAACGGGAAACAUUUUCAGAAGCGCA